CUUUGAACUAAAAAAGUUAUAUUUCAGAAUAUUUGUUUCGCAAAAGUUUUCGUCUUUUACGGCCAUAUUUAGAAAACAGGGUUGUUAAGACGCCAUUAAACGAAAGUUAUCGCAAAGAAACAAAGGUAAAAUUUUUAUUUGUGAAGUGAAUAGCAUAAUUAUUCUUGAGUUUUAAGAAAACCGUAAAAGUGCAUUCAUUAAUAUUAAAAGCCGAGUAAUUAUUAAUCCCAGAUUUUAAAAGAAAACAUGAAAAUGAUAAAAGAAACCGUUAAAGAAGACCGCACUGAUGCAAUAGAUUGUAAUGCCGAUCGCACCAUACCUUGUGAACUUACAGAUUCUGUUGGAAAGCAUGUUAUGGUCACCCCAAAAACAGGUGUUCGUCCUCUAAGUGAUACGUCGCAAUUUUCACGGAAUUCAAGUGUUGACAGCUUUUAUGAUUGUUUUGAAAUAGGCGAAGUUAGAGUUUCGAAUGAAGUUUCAAACAAUCAUAUAGCAUACAGAGAAUAUAAAGAGGCUGGAGAGUUUUGGAGGAAAACUCCGAAAACUGAUUACACUUAUUCUCCAUUGUCACCACAUCGCAGAGCUUUAGGCAAUGGAUAUAUUGGUAUGCCGAAUUUAUCACGUCGUGGCUUACGUGAUGAUAAUGUGGUUAUAACAAGCCAACCUAAAAAUUAUGUUAAACCUGGCCGUUGGUUCAAUCGUGGUUUUUUAAAAUUCUUCUUCGGCCUUUUGUUUAUGGCUUUCAUUGGUUUUUUUGCUGUAAUGUUAGUAUAUUUCGAUACAUCUGGAUUAAAAGGAUAUAUACUAAAAAAAUCUGAAGAUUUUAUCAAAGGGGAGAACCCACAAAUAUACUAAUAAAUGUUUGC